AGGUUCCCCGCAUCAUACACUCGUGUGAAGAGAGUGGACACUGACUGGCUUCGUGUAUCAUCUCCAGCAUCAGAAGGAAAGCGUUCGGUGGUCCAGAUGCUACAACGUAGCAGGCUACCGUGACGAGCUCAUGUGAACUGUGGCUUCUCCAGUCGUUCCUUCCUUGAUCACAUUUUCGCCAUAAGGUCUCCGGGGACUACCAUGAUGGUCACCGUGGUAUAUGAUAACUCUGAGGCGACGGAGCUGUGUGCGUCUCAGCACCUCUACCUCAAGCCCAUAGCAAAAUUGAUGAUCAAUGUCUUGCUGCCAGAGAGCUCAGAACCGACGCGGCCCUUCUCCAACUGGGAAGUGCUUGACCAGCUGAAGAGCCUGAUCUGCCCUGACCAGUUCACCACUGUUCGGCUCUCCAAGAGCACAAAGGACUUCAUCCGAUUCGAGGGCGAGGCUGAAACGCGCAGUUUGGUUCAGAUCUUGAAGGCCAAGUUACAUGGGAAGAUCAUCAAGCUGAAUGGUUUGAAAACAGACUUAAAAGUCGUGGCUACAGAUGCCCAGGGAGAGUGGGAGCGCUUCCCCAGGGAAAAGGAGGCCUCAGCGAGUGAUGGGGCCGAAGAGCAGGACCAGGACAAGAGCCCAGAUUCGAUCUAUUUCGAAGGCUUGCCCUGCAAAUGGUUUGCGCCCAAAGGCUCCAGCGGGGAGAAGCCCUGUGAAGAGAUCCUUCGGGUGGUCUUUGAGAGCUUUGGGAAGAUCAAGAAUGUGGACAUCCCUAUGCUGGAUCCUUACAGAGAAGUGAUGACUGGUGGAAACUUCGGGGGUUUUAGCUUUGGCUUGCAGACGUUCGAGGCCUUUAUCCAGUACCAGGAGUCGACUGACUUCGUGAAAGCCAUGGAGUCCCUUCGAGGGAUGAGGCUGAUGUUGAAGGGAGAUGAUGGGAAAGCUCUGGCCUGUAACAUCAAGGUUAUGUUUGAUACAACCAAACAUUUCAGCGAAGGGGCUAUAAGGAGGAGAAAUCAAGAAAGGCUAAAGUUACAAGAGCUGGAGGAAGAAAGGAAAAAAGUAAAGAGAGACGAGGAAGAGGCUGCAAGAAAAAGAAAAGAGGAGGAAAGGAGAGCCCAGGAAAAGAGGAAGAAGGCCAGGGUGAGGAGACGAGGCCCGAAGGAGAGAGACAGACGCCGGCACAGGAAACCCAAGGCCCGAGCCCCCGCUGACAGCGCCCGGGAGCCCGACUCUUCGGAGGGAUGGGAGGAGCGGAAGUUCCUCCUGGCCCAGAGGCGGGUGGAGGCUCUCCGGUUGCUCCGGGUACUCUUGAGGAAACUUGCAGUAAGGCUCUUUCUCAAUCCGUCUUCAUGUUUGGUAUCCACACAGUUUAACCCACGGGGGGUAGAUGACGCAAGCCCAAAAGUGAAUCAUGCUCCAGGGAACACGUUGGAAACUCUGAAGAAAGAAGAGUUAAACACUCAGUGUCUUCAAAAUCAGGAAGAAAUGCCAAAAUAUCAGGUUGCCAAGUCAGAUAAUAAACGAAAACAAAAAAUGAAGAAAAGAACUAGGGCUCACUUACGUAAAUCUUCCCACCACCUUGGGAGAAAAAAAAUAAGAUAUUCAGCUAGAAAAGAGAGAACUGGAAAAUUAUUAACUGAGGAAUACAAUCACAGUCUGGUCUCUGACCAGAAUUCUUUGCGGAAUGCGAUGAUUCAGGAUCAGUCUCUUGAGAAAGAAGACCACUGCAGUUCUAAUAAAUCCAAUUCUUCCACAUUAUUUGAGCCAGACCAUGACAGGAAACAGAAGAUCUAUGAAACAGAUGAAUUUAUUGAUUACCUAUUAAACUACUAUCAAACUCCAAAGUAUGCCCGGAUCUGCCUAGAACCAAGUGACAUAGCAAGCCCAUGUCAGUGGCAGAGGGCUGUCCAUGCUAAGGGAAAUGGAUUUCAGAUCAAUCUGAGAAAACGUAAACAUCACUCCAGCAGUCUGAGCCAAAUGCAAAACCUGGCAACAAGAGAAAACCUGGUUCAAGAAGAUGACUGCCCAUCAGAGAUCUGUACCAAGGAUCUUGAGCAUAAACCACAAAAGAGAGGAAAAGUGGAUUAUGCCAAAGCAUGGACCAAGGAGUUAAAAGAUCAUUGCCAGGACACAGCUAGUGAAACUGGUGAUCACCUGCCCCCAGCUGAUGGAAAGAGCCAUCUGUUGGAAAAGACGCAAGCUUACCAGGUCAAAGAUUCCAACUCCCCAAGUCAGAGCCCCGUUUCCUCACCCAGCCGGUCAGCCGACUUAGAUUUGGAGUUGACAGAUUUCUUAGAGGAAAUCAGUAGUGAUUCCGAGUGCUUUAGUGAAAUCCUUAGCAUAAACAAAGAGGAGAAAGUGAGGUCUGUGGCCACAGAUGAUAGCUCCCCAGAAAAAAGAUCUCUUGAUGAUGAGAUCACCACCAGCGAUCGAGAAAUUAGGGCACGUCUGCAGACCUUGUCUUCAAAGUGGAACCGUCAUGGGGAGCACAGCUCCUCUAAAUCCAAGCUGAGGAAACCAGGCGAGAGGUCCAAGUAUGAACUGAGAUUUUCAUGGCUGGAGGGCGAAAACAGUUCCAGUAGAGGUGAGAAGAGCACCAGCAAAAGGAGGGCAACGCUAGCCCCCAAAUACUUGUUCGACGAAGGCUACUACCACCAAUCCGGUCCUAGCAGUCUGUUGGACCACAUCACAAGGAAGAGGAGGAGGUUCAGCGACAGCACGUCUGGCCGGCAGGUGCACUACGGGCCCGCUCACGUGCCAAUGGCAUCAUCCAAAAGUGCUCAUGUUUUCUAUGUGGGGGAUUUGCCCCAAAGAAGAGAGACUCCACGGAAGUGGCAAUAUAGCCAGGAGGCCAGAAGGUUUAAAAGACACGAGCAUUCUAGAGAGUCCAUGCUGAAUUCUGGUAAUUCUUAUAUUAGACAUAACAGUCAGGAGCCCCUCGACUACGGAAGCUAUUUUGGAAAUGGCUACACUAGUUCUCUAUAUUUUCAAAUGUUUUGAAGGCCUCUUAGAUCAGAAACACCCCCAUUCUCAGCAAACAACGUGCAGGAUAGAACAUUUAAAACCAAAUACAGUUAUGUGGUUAGCAACUACAGAGAAAGAGAGCAGCACCACUUAAGAGCUUGAGCAAGGUCAGAUGCAAAAUCCUUUCUCUUGCCAAAGUAUGAAGCAUAAAUGACUGCAGGUGUGUUGGCAGACUUUGAGAAAUAGGAAACAUCCAGAUUCCAAAGGUUGGCAAAACAACGGGCCUGUACAACUCGAUCCAAGGACAGACUUUUCUACAGUUUGGCUGCACCCUGAAUCUGGUGCCAGGGAGGAAGCAAAUGAGCACCGCGAGGAGUCGAUAGCCCUCUGUGGCUCUCUGGCUAUUAGAACAUCAUCAUUUAGUGUCAGCUGUCUUCAAAGGGGACAGCAGCGAAUGGCAUAGGAUCUUUUUACAAGUGCUUGAAUUGGGUCAGAAACGCCAGCCACAAAACUGUCCUGACUUUUAUCUAGAAAUAACUGCAGGUAGCAGAAGAGACGACAGCUAGAACACAUCAUAGACUUCUUUGUGACAUUGGAAGGUUUCGUGACCACCCACCAGAAGGAAAUUAAUCUCAUUCGUAUGUUCAUAGUACUCAAAAGAGUUGUCCUUUGAGAAACGGACCUUGGAAGAAUCAACACAAAGGGGCUCGGAUUGUCCUUUGAGGCUUAAACGGAUGGUGGACCAUUCGCGGAGCUGUUUUUGGAAGAACCCCCACCCCCAAGUCAUUCCAUCCUAGAAAAGCAAGAGAAUUGAAGUAAAAUGACCAGUGGGAUUUGCAAAAGGCAACGUGGAAAGAUCCCGGGACACCACUAACGGCACUUGGGAAGAUAGGACAUGGCAGUAUUCCAUUUCAGGUUAUGUAAUUCUUUCACUCAGGGAUGGGUGACAUCAGUUUGUAAAAAGCCACUGACUAUCCCCGAACUGACUUUUAUAAAACAUUAACAAGUGCCUCCUCAAUCCUCAGUAAUGCCAUGGAGUUAGGAGGAGUCAAGGGCAAAGCCCUAGUUUUCUAGCUGGGGAAAAAUGGUAUGUGUGCAGGAUUUGUAAACUCUUAACAGAAGCAAUUUAUCUUUUUACCUACUGGUUUUGGACUUCUUGAAUAUGUUUUUAAAUGGAGAUAUUUUAUAGAUUCGUAAAGACUUACAUCUUAAUGCAGUGCAUGUUCUAUUGAAAGCUCGGCUGAUUCAUUCUGCCUUAUAUAGGAUUUAGGACCUCAGGGGCAGGAGAUGACCUUCUUUUUUUUCCCAACAAAGCUAUACCUGACUCGGCAGUGGGAGACAUCAAUGAGAUCUCCGACUGGCUGUGGCAGGAAAAGGAGAUUUCCAUUCACAGAAGUAGUGGAAGGCAACAUUUUCAUAGGGCAUGAUUCAUUUCAGUCUUAACUUGACAUUCUGUAGAAAAGUACCAGCUGGUAGGGCCAAGGGUAGGAUGCUGGCCAGUGUGGUUGCCCUGAAUGACGAGGCACGUUCUGUGCUCAGAACCAGCCCCUUGAGCAGCCUGAUACCUGAAGGGGCUACGCCAUCUUCUAAUUCACCGGAAGUUAAGAACCACAUUGUUUCAUCGAUCUCUUCUAAUCACAUGUAAUCAAGAUAUGCUAGUUCAUGCAAAAGUUCAAAAAUGAAUGUAACGUAGCAGGUCAUGCUUAUUAUUAAUAAGACAAUAACUAAUGAAUGAUUUGUGGGCUUCCAUGUAUUCAGUUCCACUUUCAAGCUAGUGACUGCCAUCAAAACUAGGUUUGGCUUGUCACAUUUGAAAAAUCGCUCAUGGGGUGAGUGCCUUUUCUCCUCGGAGGACUAGCAAGGACUAUUAAUGUUCAAAGUACUGUUGUCCAGAGUAGCCUUUUAAAAUGCUAAGAGCUUGUAUUUUGUCAGACAAAUAUUGGUAACUAGGUAUUUUGUCUCCUCCAGUGAGACCCUGCCUCAUUUUUUUUUUCUUUUUUUUUUUCAUGUUUCAUGCCAUUGAAACAAAGAACAUCAGGGGUUUGUAAUGGAAAGCAGUUAUGCUUGUUUUGAAAACAAUUUCUUCAUUUCUUCUGCCAUUAGAUAAUUUUUCUUUGCAGAGAUUUUUAGGCAUGAAAACAAUUUGCUGCUCAGUAACCAGACAUAAAAGAAAGAAAGUGCAGAAUACAGCAUGUGCAAUUUUGGGGGGGGGGGGCAUAUAAUAGAACUGGUGCUAAGUCACUUCUAUCUAAUAUUUUAUCUGGUUUUGUUUGUUUGCUAAGUACCAUCCUGGGGCCUAGAAGUAAGUAAAAAUACUGGUUUCAUGUUUACUCUCUGUACAACCUUGGAUUUUUAUAUGUCUUGUGGUAAUGCGUUUUAGAUUUGAAUACACCUUUUUGUGUGUGUGUAGGCCUUAAAUGAGGAAGAGAACAAUUCAUCCUGUACUUUUCAGUGGAAUGAAUGGCUUAGUAAGGAAUGAAAUAGAACCGAAAAUAUUGUGAUCACUUUCUAUUAAUUAACAUUGUUCUUCUUCGUUGUGCUGUUACUUAAGUGGUGCAAAAGUAUUUUCUCGUAUCUUUUUUCUAUGACCUAUUAAGUAAGUAAGGGCCUGAACUUUAAACUCUGUCUUUUUAAAUAGGUGUUUUCAUGUGUUUCCCUUGUAUGUGCUGCUGAUAGCGCUUUAAGAAAACUAAAAAUCUGUCAAUGUCUUUUUGUUCAAUUUGUUUGAAUUUCUCAGGUAGAAAGCCACAUAACCUGGUAAUUUUGAAAGUAAGAACCAAAUAAAUGUAUUUUUAUUUGUUGCAAGACUGUUUAAACUGUUUUAAAUAAAUGCUAAUAAUCCCACUGGCAGGGGGCGGGGGAUGAGUUUCUACUUGUGCUAAGCUGCUUUGCACUCCUGUGGCCGACCCUUUGUCUCAUUUGCAUUGUUAGAGAAAUAGUACAUAGUUAAUUUUCAGAUAUAUUAAAAAUAAAAUGGUCGUGGUGACUGGA